CCCGCGCUUCGUGGGGGAAGGUGGAACCCUAACCGAACAGGGCACCACCUUGAUGUGGUUCCACUUGUGGUUGGGCGCAUACCACGAGGAACUAACGGCCGAACCCUGGGCCUCGAAGUCUCUGAUUAAAAAAGAGACUUUUGAAGCCGGCGCGAAGCUCGCCGAAAAACGAAAGUUUCGGGAGGAAAACCCGCAGCUGAACCUGGCGGAAGUCCCGGCGCAGACCGCCAAAAAGGAGGUGAUAGUCCGCUACCUGAUCGAGCGCACCAACAAAGAGGUGCUCAACGACUGGGACGCGAAGCCGGCCAAGACGCCGUGGACGUCGGUCCGCAAGGCGCACGAGGAGGAGGACCGAAAGCUCCUCGAAGAAGAGGAGAAGCAGCGCAAGGCGGAGCUCGAAGCCAAAAAGAAAGAGGAGGAGGACUCCGUGGACUUCGCCGACAAAAGCGAAGAGUCCUCCGAGGAGCCGCCGGAGACGGCAGCUCUGUUCAAAACGUUCGCGAAGAAGACCGCAAAGGCCAUCGCAACGGCUUUGAACAGCAGCGGAGAGGACAAAAUCCUCUCCUAUGACGACACGCGCCCGGCUAGCGAAGGAGAAAAAUUCUUCGUCUACCGACGCGUAAACGGCGUCGAGAAGAAAACAGAGGUGAAAGUCGUCUGGCCUUCCGUCUUAACUCCGGGCGAGGAAGUCGCAGACGCACAGGAGCAGUAUAAAAACUGCUUCUUCACGAACGGAGAAAAAGCCUCUAAGCAGGCGAACCACGUGCUCACCGCGUUAUUAAAACACGUGGAAAAGCACGGCCUCCGCUCCGUUUUCGACGUGGACGAAAACAGCGUCCUGAACACGACGGCAGGCCAACGCCUCAACCAAAAGGCGCUGGCGCUGCUCUUCGGAGCAUACGCGGCCGCAGGCAUCUGGGGCGAAGCCCAGGUGGGAAAAAACCAACC